AUGGCAACGUCGCCCCUGAAAGUGUGCAUCGUGGGCUCGGGGAACUGGGGUUCCGCUGUUGCAAAAAUAAUUGGUAACAAUGUUAAGACGCUUCAGAAGUUCUCCUCCACGGUCAAGAUGUGGGUUUUUGAAGAAAUGGUUGAUGGGAGAAAACUGACAGACAUCAUAAAUAACGACCACGAAAAUGUGAAAUAUCUCCCUGGACACAAGCUGCCGGACAAUGUGGUUGCCGUCCCGAACCUCCAAGAGGCUGUGCAGGAUGCGGACAUGCUGGUGUUCGUCAUCCCACACCAGUUCAUCCACAGGAUCUGCGACGAGAUCACCGGGAAAGUGCCCAAGAAAGCACGGGGAAUCACGCUCAUCAAGGGCAUAGACGAGGGCCCCCAGGGGCUGAAACUCAUCUCCGACAUCAUCCGAGAGAAGAUGGGCAUUGACAUCAGUGUGCUGAUGGGAGCCAACAUUGCCAACGAGGUAGCCGCAGAGAAGUUCUGUGAGACCACCAUUGGCAGCAAAGUAAUGGAGAAUGGCCUUCUCUUCAAAGAACUCCUGCAGACUCCAAAUUUCCGCAUCACGGUGGUUGAGGACGCAGACACGGUUGAGCUCUGUGGGGCUCUGAAGAACAUCGUGGCGGUGGGAGCAGGCUUCUGCGACGGCCUCCACUGCGGAGACAACACCAAAGCCGCCGUCAUCCGCCUGGGGCUCAUGGAGAUGAUCGCCUUCGCCAAGAUCUUCUGCAAGGGCCAGGUGUCCACGGCCACCUUCCUGGAGAGCUGCGGCGUGGCCGACCUCAUCACCACCUGCUACGGGGGCCGGAACCGCAGGGUGGCCGAGGCCUUUGCCCGGACAGGAAAGACCAUUGAAGAGUUGGAGAAGGAGAUGCUGAAUGGGCAGAAGCUCCAGGGACCUCUGACCUCUGCGGAAGUGUACCGCAUCCUCAAGCAGAAGGGGCUGCUGGACAAGUUUCCGUUGUUUACUGCCGUCUAUCAGAUCUGCUAUGAAGGCAGGCCUGUGCAGGAGAUGCUGUCUUGCCUCCAGAGCCACCCAGAGCAUUUGUAA